AUGUUUGCUCAGUGUUUAGUGUUUGUUGUGUUUAGCGCGCUUACUUUAACAUUGGCAAAUGAUGAUCCAUUUCUCCAUCGAUUUCGCGGUCAUAUUUUAAAAACCAAUAGAAAAUAUGAAAUAGUGACAACAUUAGCAGAUUCUUAUAAAGAACCCGAUGGUAAUGCUAAUAAUGUUUUAGCAACUGGAUCUUGGGAUCAAACUUAUAAUAUAACUGGUUGGUCCGUAUUAGAAAUAAAAACGGCAGAAAAUCAAACAAAUAUUGAUCAAGUUUAUUCAGCUGGAUUACUUGAAGGACAAUUUACACAAGAAUUAACUCGUAUGCAAUGGCAAAAUACCAUAACUGAUAUUUGUGUUAAUCGAACAGAUUUUUGUGGAAAACUAAAGAAUUUUUUUCUAACUCAACUUAAUUGGAUUUAUAUGCAAAUUGACACGCAUCCUAAUGAUGAAUAUUGGCAUCAGAUAAAUUUACUUCUUGUGCAAUUGAAUGGUCUCAUCGAUGGAUAUCAAAAUAAAACACGUGGACCAAGAAAAGAACUUGAAGAUCCACUCGGAUUUUUUCUAUUUCAAGUACUCGCAUCUAUUGAUGACAUUGCUGUUCAUUUGGGCUUCCAAAAUAUUUCACGGCAUGAUAGUUGUUCAGCAUUAAUCAAAAUUCUUCCAGAUAAUAAGGAUGUAUUUGUGUCACAUGCUACUUGGGAUAAUUAUAACUCAAUGUUAAAAGUACUCAAACGUUACACAAUGCCAUUGAAACGAACAUCAGCUGCCAACAGUGUCGUUAUUCCAGGUUCUGAUAUAAUUUUUUCAUCUUAUCCAGGAACACUUCACUCAAUUGAUGAUUUUUAUAUGACAGGCCCAGCAAACCUAACGGUAAUUGAAACAACCAUUGAUAAUUAUAAUAAAGAUUUAUAUCGUAACAUUAAUCCAAUAUCUGUCCCCGAAUGGAUGCGAGUCGUAGUUGCUAAUCGUCUAGCUACUUCUGGUAAAGAGUGGGCCGACAAUUUUUUUAUUUUUAAUGAUGGAACAUAUAAUAAUGAAUGGAUGAUUACAGACUUUAAACAAUUUACACCAGGAACACCGCCAAAACCUGGAUUUUUAACAGUUGCUGAACAAAUGACUACCUAUCAUGAAUCAGCAGAUAUGACAGAAAUAUUCAAUAAUAAGAGUUAUUGGGCAUCAUAUAAUAAUAUUUAUUUUCCAGAUUUUCGUAAUAUAUCCGGUGAAGAAGCAAUGGUUAAGGAAAAAGGUCCAGCAUUAUAUUCAUGGCAAAAUUCAUCACGUGCAAAAAUAUUUCGACGUGAUCAUGAUAAAGUUAUCGAUCUUCCGACUAUGAUUCAUAUGAUGAGAUAUAAUGAUUUUAAACAUGAUGAAUUAUCGAAAUGUAAUUGUACUCCACCAUAUUCAGCGAUAUUAACAAUUGCUGCACGAUGCGAUCUCAAUGAUAUCAAUGGAAUAUAUCCAGAUAAACCAUUAGGACAUCGUUGUGGUGGUGCUACAGAUGCUAAAAUUACUAGCUAUGAAUUGAUGCAACAUUCUUCAAUUGUUGCUGUUGCUGGUCCAACAACGGAUCAACAAGUACCAUUUAUUUGGAGUCAAUCGGAUUUUGACAAACACGUAUCGCAUAUUGGUCAUCCAGAUAAAUGGAAUUUUAAACCAUUUACACCAACAUGGAUAUUAUCGUAA